AUGUUGGUGCUCCGUGAACCCCAGCAACUUCAGAUUCUGUAUGACUCCUUGGAAGAGAGCACCCCUGAGUCCUUGAAGGUGUAUGGUGCCCUUUUCCACAUUAGAAAUAAAAACCCGUUCAACCUGGAGGUGCUGGUGGAUGCCUGGCCAGAGUACCAGACAGUCGUCAUACGGCCUCAGAAAGAGGAGAUGAAGGAUGACCUGGAUUAUUAUAUCAACACUUACCACAUCUUUACCAAAGCUCCUGACAAGUUAGAGGAAGUCCUAGCAUGCCCGCAGGUCAUCAACUGGGAACAAGCCUUCCAGAUCCAAGGUUGUCAAGAGAGCCUGGGCAAGGCAUUACAAAAAGUUGCAGCUUCAAAAUCAGUGCAGGUAGAUUAUCUGAGAACCAUACUUUACGUGUUUGAAAAACCAACAUUCGCGGCAUCGAGUGGUGACAAGAUGGAUUUCAUAAAGUUACUACAGGUUCCUACAGUGCUGAAAGAUAAACGGAAAGAAACUUUGCAGAGCAUCUUCUUAGAUGUCUCGCAUGCAAGGAUUGUGAAUGAGCACUGGGAGUUGGGAAAAAAUGAGAAGAGCUUGAAAUACGUUGAACGCUGUCUCCAGAAUUUUGCAGGAUUUGGUAUUCUGAAUUCAGAAGGGAACCUCGUCUCUUGGUUUAUGACAGAACAGUCCUGUGAGAUAAGAAUGGGUUACACUAUCGCCAAAUACCGAGGCCAAGGCCACAUGUGGCAAUUGGGUGGUCAGAGUGUGGCAUAUUUUUUUUCAAAAAAUAUACCGUUUUAUGCACAUGUGUCAGAAGAUAAAGAAAAAACUCAACAGAUAAUUAUCGGUUUUGGGUUCAAGAAUGCUCUUUGUGGCUGGCAUCAGUGGAAAUGCACCCCGAAGAAAUACUGUUGA